GAUUUCUUUAACUGGAUAUCAUUGUGUGGUUCUUGAGUGGUACCGCCUACUCAAACAAGGCCAAGACCUUAACAGGGAAUUGGCAAACCUCUCCAGCGGCAGGUGCAACCACAACCACAGCAGGCACAACCAGCAACAUUUAGUAGCACCCACCAACAUCCACGGGCGCAGCCCACAGACAUCCACCAACACCACUCCUUUUUAUUAACAGCCAGCAUUUUAUACUUACAGCAUUACAGCCCUCGCGCCGCUACAGCCACUUGGCCCCGAAAGAACCUCCAUGCGCUGCCAUCCUGGUUAUUAUUGAUGACUGCAGCUCAAGCCUCCGUGAUCAUCAAGCACCAGUCGAUCAAUCCACCGUCAAAGCACGAAGCACGGAGACAACUCCCAAGAGCCUAACCCAACCACAACCACCACAACUCGUCCAUUUUCUCCACCCUAAGCAUAACCACGUCGUCAUUCCCUGCUUGGCUUCUGCGAGACCUCUUCCUCCGUCGUCUAUUACCUGGGUCAUGACCAGGGUUCAACGGCCUCACUGUUGAUCGCCCCAUCUGCCCGGGAGCCGCACGCCUCUGGUUGAACAUCGAACCUUGAUCAAGUCCCAUCUUCGCCCGUCAUCUUUAAAGACUGUCCACAUUGUCUUUGAUUCACAUACUAUUUCUGUCGCACCAGAGAUUGGGUCUCCAGCUACAGCCUUGCCCUUACCCUCCCUCGCCUGUCCUUCGUCUCACCGUAACACCUCCUUGGUCAGACUUCUCAAUCACGCUCACACCCCAACCGUAGCCUCCGAUCUGUUGCCCAUUUAGCACACCGGGAUUGAUCGACAUUGCACAGCUUUUACUUUUGGGCUGGACCUCCACACACGACCACUUUCCUGCUUGGAUUUCAUACGCUGUUCAUCUCCUUUACUUUUCAAAUCUUUUCCCACCCAACUGGUUCUCAGUACAUCUCUUUAACAACACUUCUCGCUGGACGAGACAGCUGCACUGGACAUCAUUAAUACCACUUUUCAACCAGACGCGGCUCUCCCCGCGGCUGAAACACCACUCCAACUUGAAUGACCCCGUAACUUAGGGCCCCAGACCACUUCACAAUGUCAAGCCACCACAUCCCGUUUCGGAUAGCAAACUUGUACAAAGCCAUUCUCGCCAUCUUGUUCUUGUCUCAACUCUCCUUCUUGGCCAAUGCUGAUGCCGACUUCCUCGACGUUCGCACCAAGCUUGACAGAGAUCGCAGCGGCAAAGGUGGUGACCCCACCGACAAAUACUUCCACGAGUCAACCUUCCACCCGCAUUACGAUGGACGCUUUGCCGAACAAGAGAUUGGCAAAGAAGUACGCCUGCCUCAUCUUACCGCCUUGAUGCAGACUUUUCUCGCCACCAUGGCCGACAUUGGUGCCGAAACCUGGAUUAUGCACGGCACAUUGCUGGGUUGGUGGUGGAACCAGAAGAUUCUCCCUUGGGACUCAGACAUCGACGUUCAGGUCUCCGAGACCACCAUUGGCUUUCUUGCAAAGUACUACAACAUGACUGAAUAUCAUUUCCGUUUACCAGGUGUCCAAGAUGGUCGUUCAUAUCUUCUGGAAGUCAAUCCUCAUUACACCAUUCGUGGAACCGAGGACCGUCUCAACGUCAUCGAUGCUAGAUGGAUCGAUACAGAGACGGGCCUUUUCAUCGACAUCUCUACCGUUCGAGUCGACUACGACGCCAGAAACCAUGGCAUUCAGGGUGCCUUGAUAUGCAAGGACAAGCACAGGUACAAGGAACAAGAUAUCUUUCCUUUGCGGGACAGUUUCUUCGAAGGCAUCCAUGUCAAGAUCCCCUUCGAGUAUUCAACCUUGCUGGAAGAAGAGUACGGCAAAAAAGCCCUUACUCUGACAAGGUUUGAACACCACGAAUUCAACUCGACAUCCAAGAUGUGGGAGCCAUACGAGCCAACCCCAGAACGCAGCACCACACGCCGGAGAAAGGAUCGCCCGAAACGGCCAGGCAGCGCCUCGAUUAAUCCUCCUGAACCGUAAAAUAGGGCCUUCAGUCUCGAGGUUCUUACUUCGGACAUGAAACAUAAAAAUGUGGGAGGGCUAGGUAUGAGUGAGCAUACACACGACAAUGUGAGAUUCUUCCGUUUAGGGGCUUGUAUAUAUCCAUGUAUAUAUACAUGGCAUCAAAGGUUCACGGCAAAUUGGGACAUGAUAGCUAGCAAGAGCGGCAUCGAUUGGAAUACUGGGAAAGAGCAAAGAGCGCAGACAGCAUUGAACACUGGUCGGUUGGUUGGCAUUAGCGAAGGCGUUUAUUCACUUGCACACACAAAACACAUACAGCACCUGUCGAUUCUAUCCCUUCUCCCUAGACUGCACCCACUCAGGAGUGGGAACAAAGUUUGAUGUAUCCAACAUUGUGCAUAGGGGGGCUUCCCCCUCCCCCUGAUUGUUUGUUCCCAAGGGCGUCAUGGCCUCCGAUGGUGGCCGAACAACCAGCCUAGGACAGAAGCAAACAAGAGAUGCAUAAACAUCAAUACCAUGUCACCAUGUAUGUGCACCACUGGGUACUUGCCAAGGGGUGACGGCAAGUUUCCACAUAAUCAGAG